AUGCAGCAAGUCGCUGUGGGUCACCGAGCCACUAGGGCAAAAGAGCUCGAUCACACCAGCGCCGUAGUGAUAGAGGAAAAGAGAUCAAUCAGAAUUCAAAGUGAAAUCGCCCUAUUAGCGCGAGGGCUGGAGGCACAGGCACAGGCACAAUCAAGAGAAGGCAUGAUGUGUGCAGAGCAGGUCCAUGAGCGUCUCUUGAGCGGCGCUAGUAUCGAAUAG